AUGCUCAGUUGUCUGCUGUCCACGAUGAACGACGAGCCAGAUUGGCUGGAAAAGGAGGCUCUUGGUGGUUUUCGCUGGUGGCAGUUGAUAUUUUUGUGUGUCUCCGGAGCUCUGAGCUUUAUCAUUGUCUUGUGCUGUUGCUUCCGAUUUCGGAUUCCAAGGACAAAGCAGGACAUUGAGGCUGAUUAUCAGCGAAGAAAAAUUGCCAGGAAAUUCAGGGAACGCCUAGCGUGUAUUCACAAUUCCGAAAUGGAUGACAUGGAUCUGCAGAAAGCCAUUGAGCGAGUUCGUGCGGAUUUUCUCGGGCCCAUUGACGCCACUUCCGGAAAAGUCAACAUUUUCGACGGCAAGUCACCCAAAAAUGGUGUUCGGGUUUGA